AACUCGCUUUAGGAAGAAUGGUGUGAUUAAUUGACAGUUAAGUAUAUUUAGCAUAAAUCAAGAUGGAACCUUCCACUCCUGAUAACCAUGAUAUGCUUUUCUUCCAUCAACAAAGAAACUCUACUCGCCAAUACAAACGGGUACGAAAGGAGCCAGAAGAGCUCCCGCAAGCUUUACGUUAUUUCAAAUAUGCAAACCUAAACCCGAGAAUAGCAGCGUUUCUGGGGAAACAGGAUCCUAAAAAUGUUUUAAAACGAGCGAAAGGGGCAAAAGACGGUAAAGAGGCUGUUGCGCAGUCUGGAGGGGAGGGUGUUGGUAUCAUGGGAGCUGAGUUUGGGACUGAUUUGAGCCAUGAAGCAAGAAGUCUGUUGCCUGAGAUUGGGCAGGGAAAAUUAGACGUAUUUGGAGAUGACGGGUUCGGGUUUUCUAGACUUUCUUUCAACAACGAUAACGAAGACCCACAGAGAUUUCAGUUUGAAGAGACUACGUUUGCGGCGCCUAAUAUUCUCAGAGAGUUAGCAGAAAAUUUGAGUCGAUUUACAAACACAUUUAAAGAAUACUCACAGCGAACAACUCUGUAUGACCCAGGGUCGGGUGAACCUUUGGCUGCCGAAGCAACUAAGCCUUCGGUACUACUUCCUGCGGGCAUAACUGAGCUACUAUGUCAGGAAUGGGACGACGUCGUUGCUAACACAGUCUAUACGCCUAGAGUUUGGCAAUCAACAGCAUACAUGGGCGGUUAUAAAUACGCAAACACGAUCCCUAGCGCUAAGCCAGCCGCAAAUUUACCCGAGCCCGCAGCUGUUAACACAACCUCACAAGAAAAAUCAAUUGCCGGCGGAAAUAUGAAAUCAGAGUUAAAAAGUAUGGUAGAAUUAUUGGACGAUGCAAGAAACAAACCCCUGUCACGGGGCAUUAAGAAAGAAGGCGAUGUUACCGAUGCCAAACCCGAUGCAAAGAGGAAAACGAAGCCGAGCAUGAAAGACCUUGCUCAAGCUUCGACGUUGUUAUCUGCUGCAUUUGGGAAGAAAGAUUGGUCACAACGUUCAAAUAUGAGUAUUGCUGGUGGUCCUGAAACCACAGGAGUUGAGAAGUUACCACGGCAUGGAAACCAAACUCUUUGUUUCAAUCUUUCUUCAAAGAAAGCUUUUGAUGAAGGUUGGAUCGUCAACUCGCAAAGUGACCAAAAUUUAGAGCAAGAUAAUCUACUUGAGUGGGCAACUGGAAAACUUCAAAAUGCAAUCAAACAAAAGGAACAUGAAGAUGAGUCAGCAAAAGCAACUGGGAAUGACAAAGCACUUUUAAUUCGUUAUUAUGGGGAUAGUAGAAGAGAUACAUUAAUGAAAUUAUACAGAAAAAGUGAUAAUGAAGGAAAGUCUUCAGCUUUACCACCUGGUUUAUUAGGAGGUCGUAAACCAACCAAUAUACCUAAGAUACCACAACUAAGUAAGAUAGAUGAUUCAAAACGUGAGAGGUUUCUGGUUCAAGUCCCAGAUGGUUCUCUAACUGUUUAUUAUCCAAAGUCGGGAGAAGUAGCGAUUAGUGCAAGUGCCACACCUGGUGCUCCCGGACAUCUAUAUGUUCAUUGUUAUGCAAAUGAUGACAUGAGAACUUGUCUUGCUACUUUUACACCUUAUGGAAAAUCAUGCUGCUAUCACUCAAAUGGUGUUCCUGCCCUUGUACUUGCUAAAGAAGGUGGUAUGCUGAAAGCUGAGGAUGGAGCCUUGAUUAAAAAGUGGGAGUGGCCACGAAACAACGGGCGCUUGAAAGAAAAUGUUCUUUAUCACAUAAACAAAGAGAUGUACUUAAGAAUAUCCAGCAGAUCGUUGGUCACUUUACAUUUUACCGCAAAUCGAGAAAGUACAAAACUAAUUGUCGGCACCACGCAAAAUUCUGACCAACCAGACAGUGCAUCGCUGGGCCACCUACAAAGCGGAUACAAACUUUCAUCUAAAGCAGCAACUGAGUACCACGUCACCAAAUCUGGUAAAGAUGAUAAAUCGAAAGCAAAACACAGAAAAACUGCUUUCGGUUUAAGAAAAUCGCAGUCCAAAAAGCCUGCUGAUCUUGAAGAGUUGAAACACUCACUUGAUCCCCCGGAGAGAUUUGAGUUCGAGUCACAAGCCGACAGGGAGCUGCAGAAACUCGUCGAUCGUUCGAAACUUCUCGUUGAUCAAUGGAUGGAACAUUAUAGGAUUGAGGUUGGGAUAAGUUCUCCUGCGCUUAAGAAGCUCUUGGAUAAACCAGAGGUUAAGUCAUCCGUACGAAACAUACAUAGUGCGAGAGAAAGAAAGAUUGAAGAUGACGGUUUUCCUGAGAAAGGAACAAAAUUUCAAUCGUUUCGUUCGCCAUCUGCCCCACCUAAACAUAUGGUUCCUGGACCUCAUUCUGUUAACAUCAAAGCAGACCUGAAGCGAGGUAGUCACAGUAAUGAUAAGAAAUCACCAGAAACUCAUGUUCGUAUUGAAGCUACACCCGUAACAAUUGAAGAUACCCCGAUAAAAACGAGUGAAUCUCAACCUAUACGCUCGCGACCUGCAACGCACAGUUCUCGAAUUCUUAUUCGGCCACAGAAAUCUUCCAUGCGUGCUAGCAGUGUUGCCAGUCACAAAGUUGGCGAGAAAUCGUGGUCUCCAGCCCCAGAGUGUUGCCCAGUGGUUACUAGGAAUAAGAAGAUAUAUACGGACAGCAAAGGUCCGGACCGUCCAUUCUCAUGCAAAUGUAGUAAACAUCGGAUCCCACAAAUUAAUGACAUCGAGUUUGACUGUUACAUCCGCUUGGUGGCGCCACCGAGUCAAGUUGUUGUGAUUUCUAUUGUAAACAGUCUCUACCCUGAUGCUGCACCAUACGAAGCUAUGUUGGAUAAUUUGUACCUUGAUAAAAAUAAGAAUCGUACAAAACCCUGUAUGCAAAGCAGGCAUGACUUGUACAGAAUAUUAAGAUAUGACCUUGCUGUUGCAAAAUCUGGAACAAAUCGAACAACGCCAUUAUUACUUGGAAGACAUAACGUGGUGCCCGGCAUGACUUUGAUGUAUUGUGGAGGACGCCUUAUAUUUGCCGACCAUAUUUUCAAUGGAUACGGAAAUGCAAGGAAUGAUUUCAAGAAACAGGUUUAUAAAACAAGACAAGAAUAUUUGAUGGGGCAUUUACUACCAGAUGAUUUUAGAUUCACCCCAGGCCGGGGCAAACCUGGGGCAAGAGCUGCGUGGGGUGGGGAGGUGGGGGGAGCUGGGGUCGAUGGGAAAGGACGACCUGGUAUGUUCUUAGACCAAAGUCUUGGUGUGGCGAAGGGGGAAAAGUCAAAAUUUCCCAUUUUUCGAACGAUGAACCAACCAAUGGAAGAAACAAAAUCAGCGUCCGAUGUGACAUCAGAGUCUACCAGGUCUCCGAUUAAAAUGCCGCAAUCAAAGAGUUUUGAUACUGCAAGAGACUUCGUCCAAUACAGUCUUUCUACUCGCAUGUACGUCGUACCACCAGGUUCCAAACGUGCACGAACAACUUCCCAACUCUCUACUCCCAACAAGCGACAAUCUGAACUUAACUCCACCUUUCCGCCAGCUAGCGCUACACCGCACUCUGUUGUGACGGAAAACGGCUCCAUCAGACUUGGCCAAAUGAAAAGUUUUGGUAGAAUGCAAGCUGUUAAGUGAAACUAGUUUUCAACUAAUUUUACGCAAACUUUAUUAUGUACAAACACAUUUUUUUGUAUUUUUAUUUCAAUUUAGUGUUUUACUCGAAAUUCGGCAAGCAAUAUUCUGGAAAAUGACUUCAGGAGUUUUCUUACGCAACAACGUCGUUUGUUGCGUCAUAACCAUGUUUUACGUUUAUUGUUGUGGAACAUUUUACAAUUAAAGUUGAGGGGUUUGAUAACGCCACA